CUCUGUGACUUGUCAUAGAUUGCUUCUGUUCACUUAUCAUACGAUAUCCAGGAAGUUAAACCGUGAAAUAAUUUGAAAAGGAUAUUUUUUGAUGAUUCUUACAUGAUUUUUAUUGAAAUCUUCGAUUUCGUAUAUGUCUGUUCCAUUUUUUGAUAGGAAUUAUUUAAGGGUUGGUUCUUUGGUUCGUUUCAACUAUAGCCCUAAUCCAUCACAUAUCUCUUCUCUUUCUGUUGCAUAUAUAGAUAGUUUCUAUGAAAGAAAUAGAAGGUAAUAGUGUUUCAAAUAGUUGGUUCUGGUUGCUUCUUUUGGUUGAAGUUAAGGGGAGAUAGAUCUAGAGAACCUGCAAACAUAAUUGAAAACGUGAUUUUUUAAAUUUUUUUCUUGUUUGAAUUUCUUCGUUGGCGUCAGCAACCUUGGAUUUCCUUCGGAUCUACUGACACCUUAAGCUUUCUGGGUCGUUUGCUCCUUGCUUUGGUAACGCUCAUUGUGCAAGAACAAGGAGAUAUCCCUUUUGCCCUCUAUUUUUUCCACUGGAAAUCUUAGAAGGAAAAUAUAAACUUUGGUGGGUCUGGGCUACUGUUAUCAAGCCACCAGUUUUUGAAAGAUAAUCCUUUUUUGUAUACUUUUGAUUUUGUCUUUUCUUUUAUUUAUUUAUUUUGCUUUCUCAUCCAUGUAGUCUUCUCUGUUUCGUUUAUGUUGUGGCUUUUCUAUUUGUUCUGGAGCUAUUUUGUUUUCAGGAGUCUUCAUGCUAUUAUGUUUAACUCCUGAAAACCAUGAUAUAUUGAUUUCUUUUCUAUAUAUGUUUUUUUUAAAAUUUUACUCCAUGAACUUUCUUCGAUUCAUAACUCCUGUGGAGUUAGUAUUCUGAUUUGAGGUAAUUUUCCUCAUCGCUGUGCCUUCUCUCUCCCAACCCUUAGAAAUUAUCUUGGGCUUCCUUUGGAUAAAUUAUCUUAUGUGUUCUAAAAUAUGUGAAAUUUGUUCUUUUUUAUUUUUUUUGUCUGGACGUUUGAAUAAAAAAAAAUUCGUACUAUGCAGCUCUUUGCUUCCCUUCUUUUUUAAAAUUUGAAGUUAUAUUGAUGAUUAUUUAGUCUUGUUUAUAUUGAUGAUGGCUUUAGUUUAGAGUUUUGCUUUCAGUAAUUUUUUGGGUUACAGAGUUUGUUAUGAAAAAUCUAGAGUUUUUUUUAGUGUGUAUAUAGUAUGUUAUCAAGUUAUUUCCCAUCUUCUUAAAAUUUGCUGUUUGUUUUGUCUUGUAGAUUUGAAAAUUAUUUUGCCUAGUUGGUGACUAUUGUCUCACCUGUGCUUUUAGGUGAAGAUUGUUAUUUCUAACUUCUUAUUCGACCCCUGUACUGUUUUAGGUGACUACAUGUUUUCUUUCAUUGUUCUCAUUGUUUUUGUUAAUGAUCUUUGAUCUUGGCAGAUCCUUCACCGAAUAGAUCUCUCAGUUUGGCUAGCCUCAUUACAGCUAUCUUUUUGAAUUUAAUUUCAUUCCUCAGGCAUCUGCAAAUUUAACUUGACUUUGAAAGAUUUCUUGUACGUUAUGGAUCUUGAAGACUGUAUUCCUUGUGUUGCUUUGCUUGAAAGCCUUUAUCUGAUCAGAUGAAAUAGUCUCAGCAAGUACUACAAAUAGUUAUGACUCGGUGCCAGUUUCAGUGCACAUGGAACCCUUCACGAGUCAAGAACAGAUAGCAUACUGAAGAUUCAAUAUCUUAUGGAUCUUCUCCUAUGGUGGAUAGAUUUUCAGAUGAUGAAGAUGAUGAACCUACAUAUAUCCCUGCUUCCAAGGGCCUUUCAUCAGGGAAAAUGGGACAUCAAUCUGAAGAAUUUUCAUGGUUAGGUUCUUCAUGGAUUUGCAGGAAAAGACGCAAACACUACCGAUCUUUCUGCUGGAAUGGAAUUACAAUCUCUGUUCAUGACUUUGUCCAUGUCAUGACUGAAGAGAAUCAGACACUUGUGGCAUAUGUGGAAGAUUUGUAUGAGGACUUGAGAGCCAACAAUAUGGCUGUGGUACGAUGGUUUCACAAAGUUGAUGAGGUUGGUAUUCUUUUGCCUCCUGAUGUUAAUGACAGAGAGAUUUUCUUCUCUCUUUGUCUUCAAGAUUUCAGUGUUGAAUGCAUUGAUGGAUUAGCUGCCGUCCUCAGUGCUCAGCAUUUUGAGAAGUUUCAGAAUGAGGCAAAGAAUAGCAGUUGGGAACCUUACCUGUGUCGCAGGCAGAUUGACAAUGAUGAUGUCAAACCUUUCGACAUAACUCAGGUCCAGGGCUACUGGAGCCAGGAACUACUUCGGUCUAUGUUUACAUCUUCUUUGAAAUUGAGAUUUAAAAUAACCUGCGGUGGUUCUAGUUUGGAUGGGGAUCGAAAUUGCCAUGAUCCCCGAAGUGGACUUAAGAAACAUAGGUUGAGUAGUGGUGGUAUUGAUUUUGCCGGAACAGUUGCUAGGGAUAUGAACAGGAAAACAAAAUUGGGUGCUAGCAGUAAAGAAGAAAGACAUAUGACAGACACCAUUUCUGCUCCUGGUUUCCUCGGAAAGGAGUUGUUCAAGCAAAAACUCCAGCCGCAGCUAUCUCCAGGAUGCCAUGUCGAAGUACUGUCACAAGAUAGUGGAAUAAGGGGAUGCUGGUUCCGAUGUGUGAUUAUUAAAAGGCACCAUGAUAAGGUGAAAGUUCGCUAUCAAGAUGUUCAAGAUGCUGAUGAAAAUGGCAGUUUAGAGGAAUGGGUUCUGCUUUCAAGGGUUGCAGCAACAGAUAGGUUGGGUAUACGCUUAUGUGGGAGGCCAGUGGUUCGUCCAAAUCCAUCAGACAGAGGCAGGUUGUCAUGUAGCUUCAAUGUUGGGGCUAUUGUUGAUGCAUGGUGGCAUGAUGGCUGGUGGGAGGGUAUUGUGAUUCGUAAAGAAUCUGAAGGGCAAAUCCAUGUAUAUUUCCCAGGAGAAAAGCAAGUUUCUAUUUUUAGCCAGGGUGGCUUGAGACCCUCACAGGAAUGGAUUGGCAACAAAUGGAAUCAUAUAAAAGACAGAAAAGAUACUGUAAGCUCAUUGUUGUCUGUUAUGGAGCGUGAGGAUAUGGGUUUGUUCAGCGAUGAAGGAAUCCCAAUUCAAUCACCAGACACCAAUAGGCUUCCUGAAACAGAAUACCUAACUGAGAGCGCAGCAGCAGAGAGAACUGUUGAAUGCAAGCUUACGCCUCAUAGAGAUUCAUUGAUAUUUAAAUCUGGAGAUGUGUUGGAUCUUGCUAAAGAAUGUUAUCUGGAUGGCUUGAAAUGGGGCUCAUCAAAGAAAAGGAAGAGAAGAGAGUUUGCCUGUGAUGAUCCAGAUCAUACUAAAAGACGUUGUGAAGUUCACAGCAGUAGCAGCCGAGAGGAAGCAGAACAGUCUAAUGCUUGCAGGGUGUUUAUGCUACCCAAAUCAUUGAAAGUUGAUCAUGACAACUGCAAGAUUGGUGGUGAUCCUCUGUUCAGUGCCCCAAUGACAGUUUCAAGCUUGGUCAUGUCCAGAUGAAGCUUGCCAUGAUUGUAUAGUUAGUUUCAAGAAUGCUGACCAUUUUUUGAAGAUUUCAGUAGCUAUGUGGGGUGUGAUCUCCAUGCACCCUAUUCUAUUUUUUUUCCAGAGGUUGCAAGGAUAAAAUGGAGCCCUUGGAGCCUACACAGCUUCAAGCCAUUGACCCCCAUUAACGACUAAGGAACUUGCGUGUUAUGCUGUAUUUAUUGUAGUCCAGAAUUUCUUACAUGGGCGCAUGUCAUAAGGGCCUGUUGGGUUGAGGAGGUGAUAAAGAUUUUAGAGUCAGAUCCUUUUGCGAAUCCUAUCCAAAGUUUUCCUGUCGGCCUCAUUCCAGAUGAUACCGCAUUUCCAUUGGGUUCUUUCUCUGGCUUUACCCUUAUUUUGUUUUAGUUUUUAGUUAACUUACAAACAUUGAUGUACAUCUGAACGAUUCCAUUUGUAUCUCCAAAUAAAUUAGUGAUAAUGACAACCUUGAGGUUCUGUUGUGUUGCACA